ACACACACACGCACGCACACACACUCUCUUUCCUCUUCCUUUCUUCCUCCGCUUGCAGCUUCAGACAUUUGGGGAAUCCUGAAACAAGUUGUUCCUGCAGAGGCAUUGAGUCCAGCUGGAGUCCCCUGUGAAUGAACAGAGAAAUCAAUCCUCCAUUUCUCCACGAGUGCUGAUCUCUCUGCUGAAAUCCUUCAUGUCUUUAGUUUUGGACGCUUGGACAGCGUGAGACUCUGGAAGUGGCUUUUUGAUUAUGGACAUAGAGAUACUGUAGAGCCCUUCACGCUGCAUGAACACUCGACUCGCUGAUGGAAGUAGCGCAGCGGGCCUGAUCGUCGAGUCAGACCGAAGAAGGGACACUCACUGGGGAGUGCCAGGCUCAGUGUGGUCCCCCGAGGGCCCCGUCCCCAUGGACCUGCGUGUGGGAGAGCGUCUGCUGCGGCCGGGCUCGGGUUCAGACACGGCCUUCCUGUCCCCGCUGCACCCUCAACUGCUGAUCGGAUACAACACACAGCACUGUUCCCAGUACAGCCAACAGCAGCUGCAGCGCAUACAGCAGUAUAACAUGGAGCAGCACCUCCAAGACCAGGAGCAGGCCAAACAGCAGCUCCAGCAGCUCAAACACAAGGACAAGAGUCAGCAGAGUGCAGUGGCAAGUGCGCUGGUGAAGCAGAAGCUGGCUCAGGUGAUCCUGAAGAAGCAGAAGCAGCAGGCCGUGCUGGAGAGAACCAACUCCAACCCGCUGAGCAGCCCGUCUGUCGCAUACCGGGAGCUGGUUCCGGAUCCCAGCGCUCCUCUACAGCCGCUUCUGUCCUCCUCUAAACCAGUGCUCAGUGAUGGAGCAGAAGAACCACCGCUGAGGAGAGCAACCUCCGAGCCCAACCUGAAGGUGAAGCAUAAGUUAAAGAAGCACCUGAACACCCGCAAGAGUCCACUGACCCGCAAGGAGAGCGCACCACCCACUGUUAAACACCGCACUCCUGAUGCACUCGAUUCAUCCCCCAGCAGCAGCAGUACUCCAGUGUCCGGCUGCAGCUCCCCGAACGACAGUCUGCCCACUGAGAACGGGGCGUCCAGCAGCAGCCUGUCCCACGAGGCUCAGAGGCUGCUGCUCCAGGACGGCUCUCUGUCUCACUUCACCGUCCAGAGCUCCUCUGGUCUGCCCACCAUCACACUCGGCCUGCCUGCAAACAGCAAGGUGGAGGGUGAUCUGGGCUCCCUGAAGCUGGGUCGUGUGCCGCUGGUGUCUGGGUCGUCUCCACUUCUGCUCCCUCUGGGUGUGGAGGAGCCGCUCAUGCAGCCCGUCCUCAUACUGGAGCCAUCAGGACUCGUACACACACCACUGCUGGCCGUUCCAGGUCUGGGUCCGGUUCCUCUGCAGUUCAGUGCGUCCGGUCCUCAUAAACCGCUGAGUCGCACGCGCUCAGAGCCGCUGCCGCAGAGUCCCGGCCGCCUGCAGCCGCACCCACACCUGCUGCAGCAGCAGCAGCACAGCACACACCUGCUGCACAGACUCAAGCAGAACACACACCUGGGCAAGCUGAUGCAGAAGUCGAGUGAGAAGCCGCGUCUCCGUCAGAUCCCCUCAGAGGACAUGGACUCAGAGGAGGCGGGGCCUACAACAGGUGAUGCCCACCAGGGGCGGGGCAGGGCGGAGUCCCAGAGAGAGCUGGAGAAUCAGGAGGAGCAGAUGAACCUGCAACACACACUCAUUCUCAACCAGUCGCGUCUGUGGGAAACACAGAAACACCUCCAGCAGCUGCGCAGACAGACGGCUCAGAUGGAGACGCUGGCGGUUCCCAUGAUGCUCGGCGGCGGACAGCACCGGCCGCUCUCCCGAACACAGUCGUCUCCAGCCUCCACAUCACUGACACUGCCUGAAAAAACCCUGCCGCUCGCCACACCAGCGGAGCCGGCGCAAAGCCAGCCACGCUUCACUACUGGUCUGGUGUACGACUCCCAAAUGCUGAAGCACCAGUGCACAUGUGGAGACAACAGCAGUCACCCAGAGCAUGCUGGGAGAAUCCAGAGCAUCUGGUCCCGCCUGCAGGAGAGGGGCCUCAGGGGCCAGUGUGAGAGUAUUCGAGGGAGGAAAGCCACCUUAGAGGAGCUGCAGUCUGUGCACACGGAGAGACACGUCCUGCUGUACGGCACCAACCCGCUCAACAGACUCAAACUGGACAACCGCAAACUAGCUGGCAUUCUGUCACAGCGGAUGUUCGUCAUGCUGCCCUGCGGGGGAGUCGGGGUGGACAAUGACACCAUCUGGAAUGAGAUGCACACAUCGACAGCUUCCCGCAUGGCGGCCGGCAGUGUGACGGAGCUGGCCUUCAGAGUGGCUAAAGGAGAACUCAAGAAUGGCUUUGCUGUGGUCAGACCACCGGGACAUCACGCAGACCCCUCAAACCCCAUGGGUUUCUGUUUCUUCAACUCGGUGGCGAUCGCUGCUAAACAGCUCCAGCAGAAGCUCAGCGCCAGUAAGAUCCUCAUCGUUGACUGGGAUGUUCAUCAUGGCAAUGGCACUCAGGAGAUCUUCUACAAUGACCCCAGCAUCCUCUACAUCUCUCUGCAUCGCUACGAUAAUGGAAACUUCUUCCCCGGCAGUGGAGGACCAGCAGAGGUGGGUUCUGGUGCCGGCGAGGGCUUCAAUGUUAAUGUGGCAUGGACUGGUGGACUGGAGCCUCCCAUGGCGGAUGCGGAGUACCUGGCUGCCUUCAGGACGGUGGUGAUGCCCAUCGCUCAGGAGUUUUCCCCAGAUGUGGUUUUGGUCUCUUCAGGCUUCGACGCUGCAGAAGGACACUCGUCUCCUUUAGGAGGAUACAAAGUCACUGCCAAAUGUUUCGGCUUCAUGACUCGUCAGCUGAUGACGCUAGCAGGAGGACGUGUGGUUCUAGCGUUAGAGGGAGGUCACGACCUUACAGCCAUAUGUGACGCGUCUGAAGCCUGUGUCAGUGCUCUGCUGGGGCUGGAGGAGCCUCUUCCCGAGUCGACCCUGCUGCAGACGCCCAGCGCUAACGGAGUGCUGUCCCUGCAGAGAGUGCUGCAGAUACACAGUCAGUAUUGGUCCUCCCUGAAGCCGCUGAUGGGCACGGUGGGCAUGUCCUUUCUGGGCGCUCAGAGGAAAGACUGUGAGGAAACAGACACAGUCAAUGCCAUGGCGUCUCUUUCUGUCGGCGUCCUGACCAACAAAACCAGCCUUGAAGAUGAGCCCAUGGAGCAUGAUGAAGACUCCCUUUAGAGCGUGAACCAGCCUCAGGGGGCGUGGCUUCAUUAUCAAACCCCACCCACCACUCACACCUCAACACUGGGCGCCAGAUAAUACACCUCUGCCAUCCACACUAGUGUGUGUGUGUGUGUGUGUGUGUGUGUUUGACUAAAGGAACGUGUUGACGAUCCUUCACCUCCAGUGCCUCAAACCGACUGUUGACUUCAGCUGCAGACGCCAAACCACAGCGCUCGGACAUUCCUCAAUCUUUAUAUCGACAUACAGGCAGGUCAUCCACUUCACAAGCCCUGACAAACAAGCCAACUAUUGAGCGAGAGAGAGAGAGGGGUUUCCUUGCACCUGGCAACCACAAGGUGUCUGUGCUCUAUGAUGUCAUUACUGUUACCCAGUUUAACCACUAAAGCAGACUCUGGACAGCGGUGGCUUUGUAGAAAUCCUCCUGUUUCUCUUGAUUUUUGCACUGUGCAUUCCAUAAUGUGAAGCGGGAACAUCCUCCACAGCUCUGAGGACCAACGCUCUACUUCUGCAUUAGCUUUACACUCAACACAUCACUUCAGCUCCAAUCUACCUGCACUCCCAGCUGGAGAUGUGUGUGUGUGUGUGUGUGUCUGACUCCAUGUUUUAAAGGCCAGAGGGACAAACCAGCUAUCAGCAACAGUAUACACACACACACACACACACACACAGAUCCAUACAGAAUGACCACUGUACAUUUAAUAUUGCAGACACAGGAAGUUCUUACACUUUCCCUAGACAAACUAUAGACCAAACUAAUAUGAAUGCGUGUGUGCGUGCGUUUGUGUGUGUGUGUGUGUGCGUGCGUGCAUGUGCGCGCUCAGUUUUGAGCAUAAGCAGAAGUGUUGGGGCUUUGAUUAGGCUCUCUCUCUUCAGUGGAGCUGAGCAUCAGUGGUUUGUGGAGCUGCUGCUGUGUUUAAUGGCGUUCCCCUCAUUGCUCUGCUCUCACAGGUCUUCUCUUGACUUUUACGAGGGAUGCAUUGUUUUUGGAUGGUGCUCUGUUUUCCACAGCCGGCGCAGAGAUGUCUAAUUCACAGCAGUUGUGUGGAUCAGGUUUAUAGUGGUAUUAAAUAUGUCUGUGAGCCGCUGAUGUCCACCUGUACGCCUUCGUCAGUGAGCUGAGAUUAUUAUCAGACGGAGCGACAGUCACUGUCAGACAUCAGAUAUGUUUAUCAGGCUACACUAGUGAAGAUGAUGCAGGAUGUUUCGCUCCACACGCUGCAGCAGGACACAUGAGGAGCUCAGUUGAUGCUGCAUGUGUGAGUUUCCCACUGCGCUGUUGUCUUGAUGAACGCCCCGCUGGCUCACGUUAUCUAGUGAACAGCUCACACACAAAUGUCUUCACUAACUCUUUAUUUGUCCAAACCAGUUUGAGUUUCUUCAGCUGAUGAAGAUCUUUGGAAAUCUGUAAGCUUUGACUUCUGUAGUGUUUGUUUUUGCUACUAUAUUAAAGUCAAAGUAUCUUCAUUUGUAGAAGAAAGAAGCUCACAUGUGCAUACCUGUCAACCCUCCGUUUUGCCCAGGAUUCUACUGUAUUUUACAGGUCUAUCCUGCUAUCAUCCCGUAAAGGUAUUUUCCUGGAUUUCUCCUGUAUUUUCAGUCUUUCUAUGAAGGGUGGUGAUAAACAUUAAAGAGUCAAGCCUCCCUAUACACAACCCAUACCACCGAACCACCAGGGGGCACCCAAAUGUGAGUCUGUUCUGUGCUUUGGUUUUAUUUAGGCAUGAAACACUUUGAAAUAAAUAUAAAUACGACAGCAUUCCCUUCCUUUCCAUUACAGGCGCCUAUGCAAUCCUCAAACAGUCAUAUAGCGGUGCGUGACUGUCAGCUGACGCGCUCCAUAGUGAUGAAUAGACGCCGUUUCCCAAACGAAUUCUGUAGACGUGAUUUGAGGAGGAACGAACUCUGGGUUUUUGGUGCGUGUUUGAACAGACAUAUACAGAUAAUUAAUUAAUAAUAAUAAUAUUAAAUGAGCAUAAAAUCCCUUAUUAUGGUGGGCAUAUCCCUUAUUUUCACAUCCCAGUGUUGACAGGUAUGCGCUGGAGCUUUAUAAGCUCUUGAGGAGGGUGAACAGUGAGUGAACUACCCCUUUAAAUCAUCACUUUGAGUUGUGUUACACAUUCACUACAAGAACCAAUGGUGAGCUGACAAAUGCUGUUUCUCCAAACAGAACAAUGGAGGCAUUCCUUCUUCUCAUUCUCAUCAUUAUUCUGAUAUUUCCCAAGUGCCCAGCGCCUGCCUGACCAAUAAAUGAUUUAUAGCCUGUACCAAACCACUGUGGAUAGUUAGACGCGUGUAUGAUUCCAUGUAUAUAGUCCAUGUAUCGCUGUGUUUUCAUGAAGACCCUGGGUAGAUUUUGCCCAUCAGACCCCCAUGAAGACGGUGAUGAAGUCAUAGCUAAUCUCUGAACUAGCGGCGCUCGUGUUGCGUAUUUACAGCGCUUCAAACGGUGCAUUACAUUUCUCCACCAGCAGAAUGAGACAGCACUCGGUGAGGGUCUUCAGGCUGUGAUCUCCAACAGAUCUCCACAUUCCGCUGCGCUCCACCCUCCUCUUAUUUUCACCAUAGCUCUGUGCAUUUGUACUGUGUUGAUAUACCUCUGGAAGCGCUUGUGUUCUGUCUAAAUAAAGCAGGAGUUAGCGCUGUGGUGUAAAAGCAGAGCAGCGCAGUCUUAAUCAUGUCCUUUAUUCCCUCUUCGCUUUGUUUCCUGUAAAUAUCGACCUACGACCAAAAGACGUCACCUCUCGUGCCUUGGAGCUCUUCGCCUGUCGACGCCACUAACUGGAUCUGUUAACAGAGUAACGCUGUGUUUUUAUGUACUUACCUAUUGAUUUCCCACUCCUUUAUUCCUCUGUGUAUAGAAAAGGUCUAUUUUGUACUGUUUCUAUCUUCCUAAUUAAAUGAAACAUGUUUGUUUGCUGAA